GGCCGCCGGGGGAGCCGGUCCCCGACGCCCCGGGGAUGGGAGCCGAGAGCCCGUGCUGGGGGCAGGGACUCGCCGGGGCAGCGUGAGAUUCCGGACUGUUGGCGGGAGGAGCCGGCUGGUGAAGCCCGACGCGCCGCUCCCCCCCCACCCUGCACCUCGGGGCUCCCUUCCUCCUCCUCCUCCCGCGCCCCAGGAUCGCCGGGGGCUCCCUGCGGAUGCUCGGCGCUCUGCGGCUGGAUUGCCAGGGGCUCUGCUAGUCUCCGAGGAGCUCCGUGGCUGCCCCGCGCUCCCACCCUGAUUGCUUCUCCCCCCCCCCCAGUGCUCCCCCGUUUCUCCUCGCCGGGGGUGUUUCUGGCCUUUUGGAAAGUCCCUGCUGCCCAGGAUGGGGGUCGGCGGGUGCUUAGUCGUGCCCUGGAGGUGCCUCGUCGUCCUCUGUCUCAGGCUGCUCUUCCUUGUGCCCGCAGGAGUGCCCGUGCGCAGCGGGGAUGCCACCUUCCCCAAAGCUAUGGACAACGUGACCGUCAGGCAAGGGGAGAGCGCCACCCUCAGGUGCUCCGUGGAUAACAGAGUCACUCGAGUGGCCUGGCUGAAUCGCAGCAGCAUCCUCUAUGCCGGCAACGACAAGUGGUGUUUGGACCCCCGGGUGGUGCUCCUGUCCAACACCAAAACCCAGUACAGCAUCCAGAUCCAGGACGUGGACGUGUACGACGAGGGGCCCUACACCUGCUCCGUGCAGACAGACAAUCACCCCAAAACGUCACGGGUGCAUCUCAUCGUGCAAGUGUCUCCCAAAAUUGUUGAGAUCUCUUCCGAUAUCUCCGUCAACGAAGGCGGCAACAUCAGCCUCACCUGCAUAGCCACAGGCAGACCAGAUCCUACAAUCACCUGGAGGCACAUCUCCCCCAAAGCUGUGGGUUUCGUGAGCGAAGACGAGUACCUGGAGAUCACGGGGAUCACCAAGGAGCAAUCUGGCGAGUACGAGUGUAGCGCAUCCAACGACGUGGCGGCUCCCGUCGUCCGGAGAGUGAAAGUCACCGUGAACUACCCGCCGUACAUCUCGGACGCCAAGAGCACCGGGGUGCCCGUGGGGCAGAAGGGCAUUCUUCAGUGCGAAGCCUCCGCCGUCCCCGCCGCAGAAUUCCAGUGGUACAAAGACGACAAAAGGCUGGUAGAAGGACAGAAAGGGGUGAAAGUUGAAAGCAAAGCCUUCUUCUCCAGACUGACCUUCUUCAACGUCUCCGAGCAGGAUUACGGGAACUACACCUGCGUGGCCUCCAACAAGCUAGGAAAUACCAACGUCAGCAUCAUCCUGUACGAAGAGACAACUACAGCCCUGACACCCUGGAAAGGCCCUGGAGCAGUGCAUGAUGGGAACAACGGCACGUCAAGAAGAGCUGUCUGCAUUGGGCUGCUUCCCCUCCUGCUGUUGCAUCUGCUCCUCAAGUUUUGACCCAAGUGCGGAUUCUGCGGAGUAGCGACAACCACAGCAACAAGAAGAAGAAAAAUGUGCCGGUACCAAGGACCAACCAGUACAUUUGGCUGAACGGCUCCCCCCGCGCCCCCCCACCACAUCCCCCAUUCCAAGGCAGCUGGCUCGGUUAUUUCUUUCCGCUCAACUCUCCCACACGGAUGAUUACGGAGUCGGCCGCUCCAGCACAUGCAUAUACAGACGCACAAGCCCUUUUCUUUUUUUUUUGAGAUUUUCCCUCCUUUUCAUGGACUGUGCUGCCAUUCGUGUUAGUAUGAAACAAACAAGCAAAAAUUGACGCCGCCAAGACACAUGAAAAGGAACAAAGCAAACCGGUUGUUAAACAUUUCUUCAUUCUGCUACACACGGACAUCAUGGAGAAUGAGGGAUCUGAUUCAUUCUUAAUUUUAUUAAUUAUAUUUUCUGAUAUGAGCCUAGAACUGUUAGUUCAUAAAAAACAACAAAACAAAACAAAAACAAAAAAAGAGAAGUAUGUUAAUGAAGCAUUAAAAACAAAGCAAGCAAAUAGUGUUCUUCUUAACUAGGUGUGCAAGAGGUGGAAUCUCAGCUUGUCUUAGGGGUUUUGCAAAAUUGGUGUGAAGAGUCAACAAGUCCUGGGGGGGGGGGGUGGUUUUACAAAAAAUUCCUCCACCAGCGUUAUUGAAACUUCAUCCAUCUCUCUGGUGUUUAACGCAGAAGAUACUAUGCUAUAUACAUACUGUUUUGGAAACGGAAAAGGUGUGCUCACUGUAGGUUGAGUUGGAUGGAUAUGCUUAUUCUUUUUAUGGGAUAUAUACAUAUAUAUAUAUAUACACACAUAUAUAUAUUAUUUUUUUUGUUAGCGUUCUAGCCACAUUAUUUCUCAGCAGGGUCCUUCUUCUGCCAUUCCUGCAUGCUGUAUAUGGACUUAGCUGUGUAUUGGUCUUCUUCUAAGAGAUGAUAGAGUCUAUUGAUGAUUGUGUAAUCAAUUCCUGCCUAUUAUUUUGUCCCCUCCUUCCCUUGGGUUAUUUACAUGUUGGAGACACUUAUUAAAAAACAACAACCAACCAACCAAACAUAAAAGGAAAAGUGGAAGCUGCAGCGUCUCUUUGCAGGUUUGGCUAUUCCAAGGGGAAACCAUGUAUAACAACAAGUAUUCGUCAUUCCUCCUUUUCUACACAGCCUGGGGCGUUAACACAACAACACCGCAAACUAAAAAAGUCAACAGAAAAGAAACAAAAACUCGUCACCCACCUUUGAUUUGGCCAUCGGCUGGUUGUAUGACACGUGUGUGGCUAUGGGAGAAAUUAACUUGCUUUAUUAUUUCGUUUCCUUCUUGGUGGACAAAACUGAAGAAACGUGCUUCACAUCGAGGUUCUGGGAUAGCCCUAUGGCCGGAGGCCCUCCGGUGUCCUUGACUUGUUUGGGAGGGACGAGAGGGGGAGGUUGUGUCUGACUAUACAUUAAAAAAAUGUUCCGUGUUGCCGUUCA